AUGAGAAGCAAUGAUGUUGUUCGAGAUCCACCUCCAAACAUUUUCAUCCUGACAGUAGUUCUUCAAGUCGAGGACGCAUAUGGAAAGAUGCAUUAUGCUCGUGCCCUUCUUGACAGUGGAUCUCAACCCAAUUUGAUGUCGGAUCGACUCGCCCAAUUGCUUCGUUUGAAACGACAAAAGUCGAACGUUCUUGUACAGGGCAUAGGAGAGAAAUCUGAGCACGCAAACGAUUCCGUGUCCACUGUAAUCCGCUCACGGAAAGUCGAUUUUGCACGCAACGUAAACUUCCUCGUACUUCGAAAAAUGACUUCCAAUCUUCCCGCUAAUACCAUUACAGUUGAACACUGGAAAAUACCCAAGGACAUAUUCCUGGCCGACCCCGGUUUCAAUCGUUCCAGUGAGGUAGAUCUAAUCCUGGGAUCGCAGUUUUUCUUUGAUUUCUUUCCAACCAGCUCUCGAAUUCAACUUUCCGAAACACUCCCAAUUUUCGUCGAAAGUGUGUUCGGCUGGAUUGUUGCUGGUGGAGAACAACUCGUUCCAUCUUCUAAAGAUUCGAUCUGUUGCCAAACUGUUAUCGUUUCGAUGGAUUCACUUGAGAAGAGCAUGGAGAAGUUCUGGAGUAUCGAAGAAGUCUCUAUCGCUCCCACCUUUUCCUCUGAAGAAAUGGCGUGUGAGGAAUAUUAUGCAUCGACAGUUUCCCGAACCGAUGAAGGCCGAUAUGUAGUGCGCUACCCAAAGCGUGAAAAGUUUAGUUCAAUGAUCGGAGAGUCCAAGUCUGCAGCUGUUCGACGAUUCACCUUAUUAGAAAAUCGAUUUUCCAAAGAUCCUGAACUGAAGAAAAGCUAUUAUAAAUUUAUGGAAGAGUAUAUUUUCUUUGGUCACAUGCGCCCUGUUGUGGAUAGCGAUAAUAGUGAGUUACCUACAUAUUAUCUUCCACAUCACCCGGUGGUGAAAGAAGCCAGCACUACUACCAAAACCCGAGUUGUAUUUGAUGGUUCGAGCAAAACGUCGACAGGAUAUUCGCUAAAUGACGCGCUGUAG